CAUCAUUUCUGGGCACAAGUUCACGACUGCCACUUCUGUGCUACGCUGCGCCGUGCAUGUUGCGACCCGACGUUGGCUCACUCUCCAAGACGAGGACGACGCUGACACAAACCGGGGGACGCUCAUGCAGAUGCUUACGAAGUACUUAGUCUAGAUGAGAUUUCUGAUCGUCGACGGUUUGAAUUCUCCCGGCCCACCCCAAAACCAUCUUCACCGUUGGCGACGCCAUGGCUCGCGACAUAAGACGAGAGGCGCUCCAGCGGCUUGCAGCGCUCGCAACGACGAGUCCGACGACCUCGUUUGAUAAGUCCGACCUUGACAAACUAUGCAAAGCUGUCUCGAGCCGUCAAGGCCCGGUAUCUGCCGUAAAUGGCAACAACAACGCAUCAUCGCUGCGCCGGUCCGAGGCCUGUCACAUUCCCAUGACGAUCCGCGAGUACGAGAUCCUCCUCUCGCUCUGCAGAGCAGCGCCGUCCCUAAGGAGCCACCAGAGCGCCCAGAAGCUGGCCCGACAUCUAGUCCCCUAUAUCACGGACGUCCAUAUCCAAGCCUUUGAUCCUUCGCCCUUCUUUCGCAGAAUCGAGCCGUCUCCGACCGAGUCCUUGAGCUUCCAUGUCACCGCUGCCCUACUCUCUUUGGGAAAACACCACACAGAUGUGCAGCAGACCGUGUCCGACAGCAUUGCCGCUUUCCUUAGUGCGUGUGUACACGCCACCGAGAGCGUCUCGCAGGUCAAUGAUGAGGACCCAGAGGCUGUGGAGGAUGCCAUCCACACUGCCACCAUUGCUGUUGCCCUCUUGGGCUUCUUGGAUGCCGCUUGUGCCCAGGCAGAUUUCUGGAAAUCAGGGGGUCGUCUCGGUCUGGUGAUGCGUGUGCGGGACCUGCUCUCGCAACCCUUUCUCGUCGCCGUCGAGGCAGCCUUCUCGACCAUUCGGAACGCCCACUCGCACGACCGCCAGGUCAAAGAGUGGAAACGAUGGGUGCGCCAUUAUGAGGACAUCGACCGCCCGCUGGGGGCCAUGCUGCUCCAGCGGAGCUUCAUGAGGCUGCUGGUGGCUGCCUCGUCGCUGCUGGUUGCCGAAGAGGACGGCCUUCGCGAGUCCCAUGUUCUCGACAUCAUCAUGUCGGGAAAUGGCUUGCGUCGACCGCUGACUGCCCGUAGUGCUGAGGCAGACUUCCGCUCGGUCGAGCUGUAUGCUUCCGUCGCCAUCGACCAGAUGAACGACCUGGAAUCGAGCGCCGACUUUGACAGUCUCUCGCCGGCCAAACAGCGGCUGGCUUUCUCCGUCAAGGCCUGUGCCCUGAUCAGCUAUCUCAACGCGUGCACUCUGAACGACGAUGCCGCCGACGGCGAAGUCCUGAUGGCCUGGCUCGAGGACGCACUGGCCGAUGCCGCUGGCAUGGCCGACGAGGAACUUGGCCCUGCCGUCCUCAAGUCCCUGGCCUUGCUCUGCAGGGUCUCUCCCUCGUACGCCAUCAACGUGAGCCGGCUACUCCCGCGCUUCAUAGUCCAGAGCGGUGCCAAGAGUCAGAUGGUUGCGGUGGCCUCUAAGUCCCUCGCCUUUGUGUUGCAGAUGCUUUCCAAGGAUGACGUGAUCACCACUCUCUACACUCUCGGCAAUGUACUCGGCUCGGCGAGUGACCGGCAACUUGGUGACGGCGCCGGCGCGCCCGAUGGACAAGAUCCCUCGCACGUCUACGGGAACCGGCACUCAACCGGCAGCUCCAUCUCCCUGCAGGUAUCCGGCGAAGAGGAGUCGUCCGUGGCCCAGGGUAACGUGGUGCAAGCCAUCUGCGAGAUCGCGAGCGCCGCAAAAGACGAGAAGAUCACGGGCCUCGCACAGUCAAUGCUCGCGCAGAAGAUCGUCAAGCUUAGCAGCCCUCUUGAUGGGCGGAUCAUCACUGGCGCUGCCUCCCUGUCCCUCAGCGGUGGGCAGUCCGAGUUCCGCUAUCUCCUCAAGAGGUACACCGCCGUUGUGCAUGAUGCCGUGGCGGACAACAAAGAUGGGAUCUUGCAAGCCGUUAUGAAGGCACGAAAUCAUAUCUCUGCUCAUAUCCAGCGAGAGUCCCUGCUAUUGAACAUCUACCUGGAACACUUGCUGGAUGGCAUCAUAUCGCAAGGGGAUGUCCACGCCAGCCAGAGCCGGCAUGCCAAGGAAUCGGACGUAGAACUGGCUGCGCGAGAGAUCGCCCAAUUGCUUCCCCCGCUUGCCCUCUUCAUGUCUUGCAACCCUCAGACGUUCGACGAGGCCUCCGACGACGACACCCGCGCGAUGAUCCGCGAUGCAUGGUUCAACAUCGUCGUCCACGGGUUCACUCCGUCCACGGACCGGGGGAAGCAGAACCUCAAGUACCUCCGCAUCAUGGCCAUCCACUCUCCGCCGCUGGUCUCGGAGAACCGGGGGGAGGAAAACGAGAGUGACAUCGAUCUGAACCCGAUCCUCCGCAGAGGCGAGAGCUCCGAACGGGAGUCCCUGCAGAAGAAGCUGCUCGCGGAACUGAUACCGACGCGAAGCGGCGAAAUCAGGGGACUCAGCUACCGCAAGACUAUUUUCCUCCAAGCUGCCUGUCUAGUCGAGAGCCUGCGGGCGGACGCCGGUGACUGCACCAAGGCAUUGUCAUAUUUCCUUGAGCCCAGCAUGCGGCGAGGCGAUCUGAGCCGCACCAUGGACGCUGUCACGAACGCGGUGAUGGACCGGUACUUGUACAAAGCCGUGAACGCUGCCAACCCUGCCUUCUCCGCUCCGUAUGCGGCAGCACAGCUUGCGAGGAUAUUCUGUGCUUGCUGCCACCGCAUUGAGCGGGUGCAGCAGGCCGCGUUCGUCUGCGCGGACCGCCUGGUCGAGUUGGUCCCUUCUGCCCUGUGCCAGCGAUCGUCUCUCUUCACGCUGCUCGAGCUUCUCUCGCUGAUGUGGACGAGCUGCCUGGAAGCAGAGACGGACCGGUACGAGCCGAGAACCACCUUCCGGUCGCAAAGGGGAGAGGUUGUGGUCGAGCUCUCGGACGACUACCAGUUCCGGCAGCUGACGCUGGAGAACCUGCACAAGAAGGCGAAGCUCUGGCUGACGCGGGCCAUCAAUAUUGCACCGGCGGACGUGAAAGGCCUCUUGCAGACAUACCUGUCCGAGUUCGACGACGAGAGCAGCUUCGGCCACAUGUCUCUAGGCCGGUCGUUCGCUGUCGAGAUCGGGUCGACGAUCCCGGCGACGGAUCAGAGACUGUCGUCGUUGGACAUGCUCGGGGACUGCCCCAUCAACACGGCGUCCAACUUCAUGGCCCAGUACACGACGCGGCAGGAGUAUCGCUACUCGGAGGCUCUCCCUGACCAGAGCCGAGAAUGGCUCAGCUUCAUGCGCCUAGACUCCCGGGCGUCGUUUCUCGCGGCGCCCGGCGGUGAGAGCGGCGAUGCAUUGACGGCGCUCUCCCACAUCGAGCAGCGCAUCCUCGGCGGGAAGACGGCGUCGCUCGCGGACGUGAGAGAGAUUCUCCGGCGCGCUGCCGCCCUCCUGUGCCGGAGCGACCAUGACGAGUGCCCCAUCGUCCGCUAUCUCGUCAGUAUACCGUUUGCCAUGUUCACAAAGCAGUCGAUCAAGCUCGGCAUCUCCCUCUGGCUCGGCGUCAUGAACGAAAACCCGCGGAUGGAGCCGCGCAUCCUGGCCGAGAUUGUGCAGCGCUGGGAAUCCAGCAUACACAAACGGCAGGGUCUAUUCAGCCCCUCCAUCACCAGUCCCGACCCCUUCCUUCUCCGGCAAGAGUUUGCCCCCAGCGACAGCGCGGCUCUUGCGAAGCGUAAGCAGCUCGUCCACAACCUGCUGGCGCCUCACUCCAAUCUCCUCCAGUUCCUGAGCAGCCACUACAAUGCGACGCGCCUCGGAAGCCCCGACACGCAUCACCUUUUCCUCCGACUGCUUGACGUCACGCUGGAGGCGAUCAAGAACGCGACGCCCCAUCCCAUGGCCAGAGAAAUCCGGUUCCAAGCGAUACUCUUUGGCCUCAAGGUCCUCAAGACGAGCUCGACAAUGGGUGCCGUGGCGCAACACCGUCUCAAGGAUCAGAUACUGUCUGCGGGUCUUGGCUGGUUCAACGCUCCGCCGCGCUGGUCCUUCGGAAGUAAUAUUCUGCAGCUCAAGACCGAGAUCCGUUUGGUCGAGGAUGUCAUGACAGCCUUGCGCGAAACAGCCAGCAUCGGUGCGCAACCUGUGGGCUCAGCCAAGCCGCUUGCUCCCAGGGAGAAGCUGCUUGUUUUGCUCUUGGAAAGCGAACAGCUGAGGCUGCAGGUGUGGGUUCGUCCGGUCGAUGGGGCAAGAUCUCAAUCGAACUUCCACUAUGGAGGGAAGGAGAGCCCGUUUGAGGCCGCGAUCCAGCCCCUGGUCCGGACGGCUUGGGCCGAGAGCCCGUCCUUGGCUGUGCACCUGGCAAGCAGAUUCCCGUAUCCGCGGGUUCAGAAGGAGGUCCGCUGGCUCUUGUUGAACUUCCCUGCUAAAGCCGCCCGGGAAGCCGAGGCUCUCCCUAUCCUCAUCGACGGCGCGCUACCCGACGAUGUCAGCUUCCAGCUCAAGUACUUGCUCUUCUGGGCGCCGGUCAACCCAAUCACGGCCGUGACGCUGUUCUUGCCGGCAUACCGCAACCAUCCUUAUCUGAUCCAAUAUGCCAUGAGAGCAUUGGAGAGCCACUCAAUCGACGUGACGUUCUUUUACGUCCCUCAGAUCGUCCAGACGCUUCGAUACGACGCGCUGGGCUAUGUCGAGCGAUACAUCCUCGAGACGGCCCAGUUCUCGCAGCUUUUCGCUCACCAGAUCAUCUGGAACAUGAAGGCAAACGCCUACAAGGACGACGAUUCCCAGAUUCCUGAUGCCAUCAAGCCAACGCUCGACAAGGUCAUGGGCCACAUGAUUGACAGCUUCUCCGCCGUCGACCGCGACUUCUAUGAGCGCGAGUUUGCCUUCUUCGAUGAGGUAACGAGCAUCUCGGGGAAGCUCAAGCCCCUGAUUAAGCGCCCCAAGCCCGAGAAGAAGCAAAAGAUCGAGGAGGAGCUCCGGAAGAUCAAGGUCGACGUCGGCGUGUAUCUGCCAAGCAACCCCGACGGGGUGGUCAUCGGCAUCGAUCGCCAGUCGGGCAAACCGCUGCAGAGCCACGCCAAGGCACCGUUCAUGGCCACGUUCCGCAUCAAGAAGAACAAGAGCGGGCUCGAGGAAGCCGAGGAGGAGCUGCUCGAGGACGGCAGCAAGGGCCGCAAGGGCCACAAGAACGGGCCCGACGCGGCGCAGACAACCGACACGGUCGAGGUCUGGCAGUCAGCCAUCUUCAAGGUGGGCGAUGACUGUCGCCAAGACGUGCUCGCGCUGCAGAUGAUUGCGGCCUUCCGCGGCAUCUUCCACAGUGUCGGUCUCGACGUCUAUGUGUUCCCGUACCGCGUCACGGCGACGGCGCCCGGUUGCGGCGUCAUCGACGUCCUCCCCAACUCCAUCUCGCGUGACAUGCUCGGCCGCGAGGCCGUCAAUGGGCUGUACGACUACUUCGUCUCCAAGUACGGCAACGAGGACUCGCUGCGCUUCCAGCAGGCGCGGAACAACUUCGUCAAGAGCAUGGCCGCCUACUCGGUCAUCUCGUUCCUACUCCAGUUCAAGGAUCGGCACAACGGCAACAUCAUGAUCGACGAUGCCGGGCACAUCCUCCACAUCGACUUCGGCUUCUGCUUCGACAUCGCGCCCGGCGGCAUCAAGUUCGAGCGGGCCCCGUUCAAGCUCACGUCGGAGAUGGUGGCCGUGAUGGGCGGCAGCCCGGACCACCAAGCCUUCAAGUGGUUCGAGGAGCUCUGCGUCAAGGCGUUCCUCGCCUCGCGGCAGUACACCGAGAAGCUGUCGCAGAUCGUCUUGCUCAUGAUGGACAGCGGCCUGCCCUGCUUCAAGCCGGAAAGCGUCAAGUACUUCAAGGAGCGCUUCGUCCUGGAGAAGACGGAGCGCGAGGCCGCCGAGUUCAUGAAGGGGCUCAUCAAGCGGAGCUACGGGAGCUACUCGACCGGCAUUUACGACCAGUUCCAGCUCCUGACGAACGGCAUUCCGUAUUGAUGUGCGCUUGCGAGUUUCAUAUUCCUUUUCCCGAAACCCAGCAGGUCCUUUUUUUUAGAUUAGCAGUGUAAUGCGCCAGGUAGCUUUCCAACAUUCUAUAUAGAUAUAAGUAGACAUUAGGAAACAUUCGGUAAUACAUUUAUUUGGUCGAUUUC